AUGUCUUUGUGUACCAGUAUUGUUAUUUUGGCGGUAUUUGUUCUUUUGGCUCACUAUGUCGUACGCUUGAUGUUGGAUUCCGUUUCACAUACCAGAGGAAUUCCAGGGCCCCUUUGGUCACGAUUGACGAACGUAUGGUAUUUGCGUCAAAUGAUCAAAGGAGACUUUCACAAUACCAAUAUCAAACUUCACCGUCAGAAGGUUCGAAUUGCUCCGAACUACUAUAGCUUGAGUGAUCCAGCAUGCCUCAAGACUAUCUAUGGCCUCGGAACGAAAUACGUCAAAUCAUCGUGGUAUGAUGCGUGGAACACAGAAGAAGAUCUUACUUGGACCAACCUUUUCUCCGAAAGAGACCCAAAGAAGCAUGCCGCCAACCGCCGUAAAGUCGCGAGCAUGUAUUCCAUGACAACGUUGACGAGCUACGAGCCUUUCGUCGAUAGUUGUAUUAGCCUCUUCCGAAGACACCUUGAUCAGGCAGGCAGCUCGGCCUCCGCAGUCAAUCUUGCACACUGGGUCCAGUGCUACGCCUUCGAUGUCAUAGGAUAUAUUACAUUCGGAGAGCGAUUUGGGUUCCUUGAUGACAUGCUAGACGUGAGCAAUAUUAUCAAAAGCCUCGAUGCCGCUGGUUCUGCAGCUUCGUAUAUCGGUUUGUUUAUCAUGCUCCGGCCUUUGAUUAUGAAAAUACUCCGUCUAAUGGGACUGUUACGCACAGUUGCUUUGGCAGACUUCGCCGAAAGAAAUGUUAAAAUGGGUGGGUCGAGAAAAGCGAUCUAUGGCGCCGAGAAAAUUGCUUUCUAUUCACCUAUGCUAAAUAAACUCCUGGAAGCUAAGAAAGCUGCCCCCGGAAGAUUCACAGAAUGGGACAUCAUGGCCAAUGUUAUCUCCAACGUGGGAGCUGGGAGUGACACUACAGCUAUCAGUCUCAGUGCUGUAUUCUAUUUCAUCUACAGUUAUCCCGAGACUCUCCAAAGGCUUCGCGAUGAGCUAGAAGUUGCUGGAAUUGAUGGUAUCCCAAGGUUUAGCGAUACGCAAAAACUUCCAUACUUCCAGGCGGUUUUGAAGGAAUGUCUUCGCUUGCACCCUGGCACGGGGUUUCCGAUGUUUCGUGAAGUUCCUGACGGGGGUGCUGUGAUAUCCGGCCAGUUCUUUCCAUCAAAGGUCGAAAAGGCGCUCAUGGAGCAAAGCUAUAUGCCCUUUGGUAUGGGCUCACGGACCUGCGUUGAAAAGAAUAUAUCCUUGUUGGAAAUGAACAAAUUGAUUCCCCUGGUGGUACGAGAGUAUGAUGUGGAAAUUCUUGGUCAGGGGCAAGGGCUUAAAACAUGCAACCACUGGUUCGUAAAGCCAGUUGAUUUCAUGGUGCGUAUUUCUAAGCGUACAAAUCCGGGAUAGGGGAGGCAGAGUCGAACGUGGUCAAGUCAAGAUACUAAACACCUAAACGAAGUAUUGGUAUGGAUAGUAACGUUUUCGAACUGAAUAAGGAUUCGUUGGGCAAUUACCAGGUCGU